CAAUACGUCAAUAAUAACUGAGUGGGUUAUCGUUAUUUGUUGUAGUGUUUUACAAUUUCAUAAAGCUCGUUAUUCGUGUGAAAGCCGUCAAUUAAUUACACUUGUAACUCAAACUAUCAAAGACUGCACAUAAUUUUCUCUUACAUGAGUACGAUAAUGCUAUUUUAAUCGCAUUUUCCUAAAAGGUGUUUUGAGUCAGGAAGAAGAAAGCUCAUCAGUCAGAAAAUAUGAAUGAAGAACAACAGUUCUGCCUGCGAUGGAAUAACUUCCAAGCAAACAUAACAUCCCAAUUUGAAGCCCUAAGGGAUGAAGAAGACUUUGUCGAUGUCACUUUGGCUUGUGAUGGCCAGAGAUUGAAAGCGCAUAAAGUUGUUCUCUCUGCUUGCAGUCCAUACUUCAAAGAACUCUUCAAAAGCAAUCCAUGUAAGCAUCCAAUCUUGUUCCUACGAGAUGUGGCAUUUCAUCAUCUGCGUGCAUUGGUUGAGUUCAUGUACGCAGGUGAAGUUAAUGUCGCACAAGCACAGCUGACAGCCUUCCUACGAACAGCAGAAUCUCUGCAGAUCAGAGGACUGACAGAAGCUCCACAGAGGCAUAAGCAGGCUCAUAUCAAACAACAGCUCCAUCAUCAUCAGCAGCAGCAGUCAAGUGUUCCAUCAGAUGUAACAGCAUCAGCUGGCCUUGACUCCAGUUCAGCUGCAGAGGAUAUUGCAUCAUCUCCAGAGUGUGUGGGCAUUGAUGAGGAUGAGGAUGCUUUAAGCCUGAGUCCUGGUGAUGGGUCAUCACCAAACCCAGCCAAGCGACAGUGCCUACAGCAGGAUAGUGGUGAUGCCUUACAUCAGCGCACCCAGACUUCGACAUCAUCAUCCCAUUCUGACCUUAGACAGGAACUGGAGGCUGUAACAAAAGACAAUCCAGCAGACAUUGUAGAGCCAAAGCUGGAGCUUCCAGACUACACCAGUGAUGGGGACAGCAAGGCGGGUGCAGCAGCUUUCCUGGGGCUAGACUCAAACUCUAUUGAUGUUAAUGCUUCUUUUGCAGCAGCAUUACAUGGAGGGGGAAUGGAUAUCCUACCUGGACCUUCAGGGCAGAGCUUCCUGGGAGAACCUUCAGGAAGUCUGGAUUCUGGGCAAGUGGACCAUCGCAAACUGCACUCGCUGGACCCGCGCCCCUGCCCAAUCUGCAACCGCAUGUACAGUAACCUGUCGAACCUCCGUCAGCACGUUCGCCUGAUCCACAACCCCCAAACCGUGGCUUGUCCUCUCUGCAGCAAGCCAUUCAAGACCAAGCUCUAUCUCAAGCGCCACCUCAUGAGCUUCCAUGAACUACUGUGUGGUAAUCUGGGUCCUGGUGGGGUUCAAGGAGGUUCCAAACAGGGUGGUGAAUUCUAUCCUCCACCACCUCAAGUAUUCCUGGGGCCCCAUCCUGUGGGUGAGGAAGAAGAACGCAAGAGAAAUCCUGAGGGCGUGUCAAAGGGCAAAGACCAUCAAAACCUUGAGAUAUUUCAUGUUUCACGGGCAACCAUGUUGCAUGCAUCAUUACCGCAGUCUAGCCGUGAUGAAAAAUCUGGAACUCAUAAUGCAGGAAAGAGCAAGGAUUCACCUACACAGCCAGAAGUGUUCCAUCACAGAAGUUUCAAUAAUGCCCUGCAUCAUGUAAGAAGUCAUGAAGACAAACCAAAUACCCAUACCCCAAUUAAAGGCAAACAUAAUAACCCCAAUAUAGACCUGUUUCAGAUGCCACAUAUUUUCCAGAGCAUUAUUACAUCUUCAUCAAACAGCGAAGAUAAUAAAAGUAAUUUCGUGAGCUCAUCAAGCACUUCACAACAUUCCAAGAAUAAAGAGAGUCAACUUUCUGGUCGAAAUUUUCAGAGUGAUGAAGAGAAAGAUGGUUUUUUCUUAAAGAAUAAAGGUGUGCAAGAAGAACAUAAUCCGAAUUUCUUUCAGUCCACUGGAAGUUUUCCAAGUGCCUCACAAGCACAAAUCACCAGUGAAGAAAAAGUGAAUCAUUUUCUUACCCCAUCCUCUCUUCAUACAAAGAAUAAAGAUCUUACACAUCCAGAUUUGUACCAUGCAGGUCGAAACUUCAGUAAUAAUAACGAGGACAGAGGUAUUUACAUCAGUUCAUCUGUUGAUAAGGAAGUAGCAGCUGCAGCAUACGCAUCUCAAAACCACAAACAGAAUCAAGGUUUUAUAAACUCUUCUCAGACUCAAAUCCACAAUAAAAUAGCUAACAGUGGUGAUUUUCAUUCUCCUAAGAAUGAAGAAAGCCCAUCAACGUGUACUAAUUUUCUGGGUUCUGUCUCUCUCACAAGUAAUGAUAGUGCAAGAUUGGCACUUCUGACACAACCCUUACCGGCAUCUGCUACGGAAGGAUUGUCAUUCCUCAACCAGCAGUCGAGUGGCAGCCAAGAUACACCAGCUUUCCUGAAUGACUCAUAUUCACAUCCCAAACGUGGACAAUCCGAGUCAUCAAUGGAGACUGAGUCCUUGAAUCACAAACCAAACAAUUAGAUUAACCAAAUUAUGAUAUUUUAUAGCUCCUUCACACCAUUACCGCAAAAUUCACCAUCACUGAAAUCAGAGACAUGAUUUUGCCUUUUGAAGGCAAAAAUUCUUAUAGUCACAGAGGCAACAAAAGCUAUUAGUCAUCACAUACUUACUGAUCUUUCAGGAAGAUGUGAUAAUGUCUUCUGCUGUUUUAAAAUUUGUGCUUAUAGCUUCACAUACAUUUCUAUUCAUAUAUAUUCAUAGCAGAAGGGGCUGAAACAGGUGGGUAGCUAAAAUGCUCAGUGACUCUAGUGAAAUCAGAAAGAAUAGAACCAGCGAA